UGGCAGCUCUAUUUGGCGGUUAACAGAGCUAUGUUAUUAAAUAUUUUUACUUCUUCUGGCAACGCUUUUGAAAACACAAAUCCAAAAAACGUGCAUUAUUUUGAAAGGAAAACAACAAACGAAAAAUGGAUGAGCACGAUAUAUUCAAGUUGAUUACUGCGGGUGUACGCUUCACCAAAAAGCCCAAGACAGUGCCUCAAAAAGUGGCACCGGUUGUCCAGAUUCCCCAACAACAAAAUCAAGUGAAGAGUGAAGAUAACUCAGAGGACGAUGCAGAGGAGCCCUCAGAAUUCAGAUUACUUAGUGGAGAAGCCGCAGAGCCAAAACGCAAGAAGCCGAAAAAAGAAAAGGCGCCUUCAGCGGACGAACUGGCCGCAAAUGAGGCUGCUGAAGUCCGGAAACUAAAUAACAUCAGUGUGCUGGGAAAGAAUGUGCCAGCUCCUUUGACUAGUUUCGAGGACCUGACCAAGGACUACAAGCUACUCCCACGCCUUCAGCAAAAUGUGCUUUCCCGCGGCUUUGCCCAGCCCACUCCCAUUCAGAUGCAGGCCUUGCCGGUUCUCCUGCAACGUCGCGCUCUAAUGGCCUGUGCACCAACUGGAUCCGGAAAGACGCUAGCCUUCCUAACUCCACUCAUCAACGGCCUAAGAGCUCACAAAACCACUGGCCUGAGAGCUCUGGUACUAGCGCCCACACGAGAAUUGGCCCAACAAAUAUAUCGCGAGUGCGCGGAGCUCACCCGGGAAACUGGGCUUCGCACCCAUUUCAUCAGCAAGGUGAGCGAGGCAAAGCAAAAACAUGGCACUGAAUGUAAACAGCGUUACGACAUCUUGGUCUCCACACCGAAUCGAGUGAGGUUCCUGCUUCAACAGCAGCCGCCUCUGUUGGAUUUGUCUCAAGUGGAGUGGUUUGUUCUCGACGAGGCUGAUCGAUUAAUGGAGGAAGGACAAAACAACUUCAAAGAGCAGUUAGACGACAUUUAUGCGGCCUGCACGAAUCCAUCAAAGUGUGUGGCCUUCUUCAGUGCCACAUACACAGUUCCCGUGGCCAAAUGGGCCCUUAGACACCUCAAAAACCUAGUGCGAGUCACCAUUGGCAUACAGAACACCGCCACUGAUUCAGUGCAACAAGAAUUAUUGUUUGUUGGAUCGGAGAGCGGAAAGUUGGUGGCCGUGCGAGACCUGGUGCGUCAGGGCCUUCAGCCGCCGGUGCUGGUCUUCGUCCAGAGCAAAGACCGCGCGAAACAGUUAUUCGAGGAGCUUCUCUACGAUGGCAUCAAUGUGGACGUGAUCCAUGCCGAACGCAGCCAGCAUCAGCGGGAUAACUGCGUGCGAGCCUUCCGCGAGGGAAGUAUUUGGGUGCUUAUCUGCACAGAACUUAUGGGAAGAGGUAUUGACUUUAAGGGAGUCAAUCUGGUGAUCAACUACGACUUCCCGCCAACGACUAUAUCGUACAUCCAUCGCAUUGGACGAACUGGAAGGGCAGGUCGACCUGGUCGGGCCAUAACAUUCUUUACUCAGGACGACACCGCGAAUCUUAGAAACAUUGCCCAGAUUAUUAAAAAUUCCGGAGGUACCGUUCCCGAAUAUAUGCUACAAAUGAAAAAGGUUCGUAAGUCGGAGGCUAAGAUGCGCGCCAAGAAGCCUCUAGAUCGCGAGGACAUUACGACUAAAAUUCGUCCGGAAGGAAAGGACGAUUCGAAGCAAAAGUCAGCCAAACAUAAAAAAAUUGAAAAAACAGAAAAGGUUUUGAAAAAAAGAAAAAAUAUCGAGAAUUCCUUAGGGACCAAGUUGAAAAAACUUGAGAAAGUUAAAGGUGAUUUAAAACCGCAAAUUAAAAGAAAUCUAAUGGGAAAAUUAAAGAAAACAAAAGCAUAACCGUAAAAUUGUUAAACUAAGUUUAAAAUAGGAACUGAAAUAAAAAAGAUUGUUAAAUUAAUCGUAUA